GUUAUAUGGAAUAUUCCUCUAGGAAUCAUACCUGUCCUCCAUAUUUAUGUUCUUUAAAUAUUUACAGUAGGCCAUGGGGGGAUAUAUUCCAAAAUCCCCUGUGGAUGCCUGAAACUGCGGAUAGUACCAAAUCCUAUUCAACUUCUUCAACUCUGCUGGAAAUGUGACAGCAGCUUUUUCACAGCCUCUUCAGUAAUUUUAUAAAUUUUCAGUCCAAAACUGUUCUUGAAUCUAUAUAACCAUCCCUAUUUACAGUAAAUGGCUUUGUGUCACUCGUUUCAGCGGAUCCCUUGCUUAAAUCCCCCUAUUGGCUCAGUGCUCUCUGGCAUAAAAUGUAGCCAUUAAUUGGAACACAUUUUCUGUUCAUUUCUUCUACCCACAAAUGUAAUGCCUUGUCCAUCUUAACUAAGCACUUACCAGGCACUGUAUUGUGGCUGUAACUUUUGUGACAGCAAAAUUAGCACAAAUUUCUUUUUCUUUCUUCAUAAUUUCAUGGCUAGAUUUGUUCUUACUGCACAUCUUGGUAACCUCAGCAUAUGAUUUUUUUUCUUGCUUAUAAAAUUGAGAACUUUCACUUUUUCACUAAAAGGAAGCAUUUUGCGGCUUCUCUUCACAUAUUCAGAUUGCCAGAUCACUACUCUUGUGCUUUGGGACCAUUAAGUAAAGUAAAGGUUACUUGAACACAAGCACAGUCAAUCUGAUAACCCAGAUGGCCCCUAAAUGAUUAACAGACAGGUAGGGUAUACAGUGUGAAUAUGCUGGACAAGGGAUGAUUAGUAUACCAGGUGGGACAGAGCGGGAUGGUGUCAGAUUUCAUCAUACUACUAAGAAAUGCAUGCAGUUUAAAACCUAUUCAUUUUUAUUCUGGAAUUUUUCAUUUAAUAUAUUUGGACUGCAAUUGGCGGUGAGUAACUGAAACCGUGGAAAGGGACACCUCGGAUAAGGGAAAACUACUGUAAAAUGAAUUUGAUGUGAAUUUUGAAAGUAAAGAACGAACAGCAUGUAAAGGAAAGCUUGCCAUAUCAGAUAUUCGAAUACCACUAAUGUGGAAAGACUCUGAUCACUUCAGCAAUAAAGAACAAUCACAACGCUAUGCCAUUUUUUGUUUAUUCAAAAUGGGAGCUGAAGUUUUUGAUACUGACAUGGUAAUUGUCGAUAAAACAAUCACAGAUAUAUGUUUUGAAAAUGUAACCAUAUUUAAUGAAGCAAGGCCAGACUUUCAGAUAAAGGUGGAAGUAUAUAGUUGCUGUACAGAAGAAUCUUCUAUAACUAACACACCCAAAAAAUUAGCUAAGAAACUGAAGACAUCUAUAAGUAAAGCUACAGGGAAGAAAAUGCAUUCAGUGCUUCAAGAAGAUCAUGAAACGUGUUUGUCCUUCGGUUCUGCUAUUUCUGGUGCGAAGUAUAAUUUGCUAGCUCAUGCUACACUGACCUUGGAAAAUGCUGAGGACAAUUUCAAGACCCAUAAUCUGUCUAUUAAUGGAAAUGAGGAAUCUUCGUUUUGGCUGCCCUUAUUUGGCAACAUGUGCUGCCGAUUAGUUGCCCAGCCAGCUUGUAUGGCUGAGGAUGCAUUUGCAGGAUUUCUUAAUCAGCAGCAAAUGUUAGAAGGUCUGAUUAGUUGGAGAAGGUUGUAUUGUGUUUUAAGAGGAGGUAAACUCUAUUGUUUUUACACUCCAGAAGAAAUUGAAGCUAAAGUGGAACCAGCUUUGGUAGUGCCCAUUAACAAGGAGACCAGAAUUCGGGCAAUGGAGAAUACCAAGAAAAGAGUCUAUAAUUUCUCUGUCACCAACCCUGUUUCUGGACAGGCUGUAGCUCAUAUUUUUGCAGCUGACAAUAAAGAAGAUCUUCAGAAGUGGAUGGAAGCCUUCUGGCAGCAUUUCUUUGAUCUUAGCCAAUGGAAGCAUUGUUGUGAAAAACUUAUGAAAAUUGAGAUUAUGUCACCACGGAAACCACCUUUGUUCUUGACAAAAGAGGCGACCUCAGUCUACCAUGAUAUGAGCAUUGAUUCACCUAUAAAACUUGAAAGUUUAACUGACAUAAUACAAAAAAAAAUUGAAGAGACAAAUGGAGAGUUCCUUAUUGGUCAGCAUGAAGAACCCUCACCACCUCCUUGGGCCGCACUCUUUGAUGGUAACCAUCAAGUGGUCAUCCAGAAAGAGAUAUUAUCUCCUGCAAGCAAGCAGUUACCUGAUGGAAAACGGAAAAAGAGACGGGCUCCCCUUCCUCCUCCUGAUAAAGCUCCGUUCAGCUUAAAAACACAGAGCAACACAGAUCUAUUGGUUAAGGAAAACGGGGGGGAAACAUGUAUAUCUCAGACCUCGUCUUUGGAUACCAAAUCGUCAACCCUAGUGCAUCACCUACAGAAACCAAUGGCUGCUCCUCGAAAACUCCUUCCCUCCUGGAAAAAUAGUUUAACUGAUGGUGAAAACGCAGACACUAGACCCAGUUUUGAAGCAAAGCCAGUGCCAACUCCAAGGCAGAAAUCUAUCAAGGACAUUUUGGACCCUAGAUCCUGGUUGCAGGCACAAGUAUAGAAAACCCUUAAUGUAUAAAACAUUAACAAAAUGUGUAACUGUGAGGUUUGAUUCAGAAGCGCUGUAGAUGAAAAUUAUGUAGGUAAUUAAGAUGGUGGUUUAAAUCAAUAAUGAAUAAGCUAUUAGGUAUAAAAAUGUUUUAUAAUGAAGAAAUGCACUUCUCUUUUAUUCUGAUUUUGAGAAUAUAAGUGAUUUCCCCAGCAGAAUGCAAGAGGCACUCUCUAGACAAUAUCCUAAUUGUUGGAAGGGUUAAUUUAUUCCUAAAUUAAUACCAGGCAGUGAACAAGAACUAGGCAGAAGAAAGCAUUAAAUUUUCUUUGGGGAGAGACUGUCUAGUAAUUUAAAAUGGUUAAAUAUGAACCAUAUUCUCAUUAUGAGAAUUUUAAUACUAAUGGAAUUUUUCAAAAGUUUUAUUCAAACCACAAAUUAUAGAAUCCACCCAAGAAAAUUUCUUCUUAGCAUUCUGGAAUUCUCAUCUAAUGGUUCACUGGCUCUCAUCUAUUGUUUAACUCACUAGUUAACUCACUGACCUUUUAAAUUCCUGGGAUAAAUUUUGGGAUAUUAAAUUCUUCAUCUUUAAAGGGAAUUUGUAAUGUGCUCCUUGAUGAGCCCUGAAAUCCUGGAGACAUUAACUCUCAUAGUGAAGCACAUUUAUUAGUUUAGAGAAAAGGUAGAUGAAAUGUUUUUUACUUCCAUUUUUCUAUGCAUGGUGCUAAUUUUCAUUGUGACAUAGGAAUUUAGGGACGUGAGUAGCUGAUUAACAUCUUAAAAUAAAUUUAAUACUUUAAAAAGCAGGUGGUCAAUUAAAAAAUAUCAGAAAAGUGGGCCAUGAUAAUAACUUUCAGAAUUAAUCCCCCUUUUAAAAUUUUUAAUUAGAUUUCCUUCUUCUAGUAAGGUUUGAUAUCUGCUAUUGAUAUUAUUCAUUAAAAGUCGUAUUCUUACAAUAAAGACAUCAGAAUCAUUUCCAUAGGAGGUAAUCUCCAUAGCAACCAAUCAUAGUGACCCAAACAGAAUUAUGAAAUCUGUUUCAUAAGUGAAGAAUAAAUAGCAAGAGAUUAAGUACCUUACAGGAACAAAAAAAAAAUCCAUUUUUAUAUUAAUACUUCUUGUAAACAAGAGCUGAACAGAAUCUAAUCAGAAUUUCCAAAUAAAACAGUUUCCAUAAGGUGUCAGCAGCAGCACUAAAAAUCUCAAAUCACAGUGAACCCUAAAUGUCAUUGUAAGAAAUAAGAAUUAAAUUACUGCCCUAAGUAUAAUCCCUAGAGAUAAUUUUAAAGCCCAUAAGAACUCUAUUUGGAUCAGCACUACAUUAUUACAAAGUAAAAUGAACACUUGACAAAAAUAACAUUAAUUUAAAUGGAGCCUUUCAUUAUUUUUAGAUAGCAAAGUCUUUUUCAUUUAUAUAGAAUGAUGUAACUGCCAGGUUACUUUUGUGUUUGCUCAGGAUUCUAGUAAGAAUUGGGACUCGAGGGAGCAAUGAUACAAAAGGUCUCUUGUGACUGGCGACAUCAGCAUAGACCUAGUAUUUGAUGAGAAGGAAGCCCUAUAUGCUUGUCUGGAAUUUAGAGACAAGCACAUGUGUAAACACCUAAGAAGGUAGGAUUAAUUUAUUUUUUCUAAUUAGAAGGCUCUUGUAAAUUUCUGUUGUGAUUGCCAAUUUAGUAAAUGGCAUAUUAAAAAUCUAAAGGAUUUUAUUAUUUUAAUUUUUUUUUAAACCUCACUGCUGUUUUUAACAGCAUUUGUGACUCAUUGCCACUAAAUUAUUGAGCUAGAAGGUGCUGUAAGGCAAAAUUGUUCCUGAAACUGGUAUCUAAAAAGCCUUUAUAACAAACCAGAGUUAAAACUUCCAAGUUAUAUUCUUGUCAUUUCUGUUCAUGCAUAUUAUAUCAAGAAGGCUUUAAGUUGUACAGGAAACAGAAUUUAUUCAUAAAGAAAUUACCUAGCAGUUGUUCCCCCAGUGGGGCGCUUUGAAGCAAGGCUGAAGUCCUUCUUCCUAGAACCAUUUAGGUGAAACCUGACCAAGGCCUACCUCCCCCGCCAAAAUCAUUCAGGCUGUUUCUAGGGGCCCAUGUUACAAAGCUGUUGAAAUUGGGCUGAAGUCUUCAGCUGCACUUCCUUUGACAUUGUUCUCAUUAAAUGUUAGUUCAGUUCUCCCCAAAGGUGUAUUACAAAGUUGGAUCUCUUCUCCCCCUCCUUUUCUCCUCCCUCCCUUCCUCUCAAAGCAAAAAACAAAAACAAAAACAGCUCUAAAAAUACUGAGUUAAACACUUUGCUAAGGAGUUCAUCAAAAGAAGUAUUUGUGCCCUCACUGAUUUGGCUCAGUGGAUAGAGCAUCGCCUUGCUGACUGAAGGGUCCUGGGU